AUGAAUGAAGACGAUGAGGUGCAAUUAUUCGCAAAGUUGUUGCGUUUACCGGAUUCGUUCUCGAUAUCUGGGCAUCAUUGUAUGAAUGCUAAAGAAUUGUGUAUGAAUGAUGAUCUAGCAACGAGUGUAAUUGUUGACACGAUGCUCGGAUUUAAGACACACAAAAUGAUGAUACAAACGUAUUUAUUUAUUUCUUUCUUCAUUUAUCCACUCUUCCGAUCAUAUCGUAUACUACCACAACUUGAAUCAUUGCUUCGUUUUUUACGCAUUUUUGAUGCGAAUUCGGGCUUUACUAUUCGUCGAUGCACAAGGUAUAAAGCCGAAAAAAGACAUGGAGCCAUGUUGGUCGUAACUAAACCGUGGCGGAAAGGUGAAGUAAUCGAAAGUUUAGUUGGUGUUAUUGGUGAUCUGAGUGCUGAAGAGGAAUUUGAACUAUUAUUGAAAGAUAUCAAUGAUUUUUCAGUUAUGUAUAGCACGAGAAAGAAACGAGCUCAGUUAUGGUUAGGACCUGGUGCUUACAUUAAUCAUGACUGUCGACCGAACUGCAAGUUUGUUGCGAAUGGACCCACUGCAGUUAUACAGGUAUUGCGAGAUAUUGCGAUCGAUGAAGAGAUCACUUGUUUUUAUGGAGAUAACUUUUUUGGUGAUAACAACGAACGUUGUGAAUGCUACACUUGUGAACGAAGCAGUGAAGGCGCAUUCAAACAUAGAAAGCGUAGAAAUGAACAGAUGAAAAAUGGUGAGAAACAAGAAGGCUGUAGUUAUGUGCUAAGAGAAACAGAAUGGAGGCGGGAACGUGUGAAUAAUUAUUCAGAGAGUGCUUCGUCCAGACGGUACAAAACUAGAUUACCGACACAGUGUUCCAGUACGCGUAAAAGAUCACUUACAAAUAGUUACACUGAUUCAAUGAAGAAGCGUCGUUCAUUUACAGUGACAAAAACGAAUCAAAUGGUUGCUGUAAAGUCGCGGAAAAGGAGGGAUGCAUUGACAAGCGAAAGAAAUAAAAACACAAAUGGAGAGCGGAGUGGCAAGAUGAAUGACAAAGUAAUGGUGGCAGCAAAAUCGACCACUGAUGCCAGUUAUAGUGAUUGUAACAGUAAGAAUAUUGAUAGUAAUAAUGACAGUUCAUUGAAUGAGCAUAACCGUUGUCAAAUAACGGAUACUGAACAACUGAAAUUAGUGGCUGAUAAAGUUAAUAGCAGCACGAGGAGAUCAAUGUUGAUUAGCGAAGAGAGUGGUAGUACGGUUAUGAAACGGUUCAGUGAAGCGAAUGUGGAUGAAACGAAUAGUGAUAAGGAUACUAAUGAUGGUCAUCAGGGUGGAUAUGUAAAGAGGAGGAAGGAUUUGGAUAGAAAUAGUUAUUGCUGUUUGGAUGGUUGGUAUGGUAAGAAUAAGAAUAAGACGGAUACCACAGACGCCAGUGAGAAAUGCUUGCUUGAAAAAAAUGCCGAAGAAGAAGAAUUGUUGAAGGAUGAAUUGUUUCAUGAUCAUGAACGAAUCGAAAUCUGCAAUCGUCAUGAUAAUCGUUGGUUUCCAGCUCAUAACGUUGUCAGCGACACUCAUGAUGAUGAUAAUUUAGAAGAAAAAGGGGCCAACGUAGAGAAUUUCGGUGAACGAGCAUCGUCAUCAGCAUCACUCUCCUUCAGAAUGUCAAGCAGUCAAGUAAAUUCAGAUCAUAAUUCAGCUCAUUCAGUUGACGGUUCAUCGUUCAGUGAAAUGGACAAUGAGAAUGGUGCGACAUCUACAAGAAUGAGCGUGAUAACAAAUUUACAAAUCACUGAUAAUGUUACAAACUUGAGUGUUAAUGGUGUUGAAGAAGAAGCGAGUGAUGGCUACGAAAGUCCUCCUAUACUGGAACGACAGACUUCGAUAUAUGAUUACGAAGAACGAGACGAGGAUGACAAUAUGUUGUCGGAAGUGUCGUUGUUGCACGCUCGUCACCAUUCAAGCUCUUGCUGUUCACGAUCCAGUGAUGCCACCGAUCCAUACACAUUCGGCUUUCCACAACAGUGUCACUCAUCUAAAUCGCCAUCGAUAACUCCUUCAAGCAGCAGUCAUUCUUCAUCUUGCGCAUCACAUCCAAUGCAGGUGCACAUGCAACAAUGUAAACCAUUUUUUUUCGUAUAA